UACAAUUCCAGACAUUUGGCUUGUUUGUGAAAAUUCUUUUCAGCUGUCAGAUUUUCAAGCCCGUUUGCGAUCACCAAAUUUGAUUUUUUCUAUCGAUUUGGUGGAUUUUUAUGUAAAUUACAUAAGAAUUCCGUAAUCCAAGGACGAUUAACAGUUUCUCGAUGGAUCCCCCGACGGAACCCUCCAAGCCGGCCCAUGAAUCUGAGGCGGACGCCGCGCUGGCAGCAUCCGCGGCCAACGCCGUCGAGCAGUGGCGCACCUAUCAGAACGCGUACUACCUUUACCAGCAGCAACAGGCCGCGUACGAGCAUUAUAUGAUGAAGCAAGCAACGCUGACCAAUCCGGAGGAACAGGCGGUGGCCUACAACCAGUAUCUGGAGGCGCACCAGGGCUACCAGAAGCAGCUGGAGCAGUACGAGCAGCAAAAGUACUACCAGGAGUAUUACGCGACGGGUGGACAACCUCCAGUCACGACGGCGGCUGGCCCCGCUCCGGUUGGUUAUCCGGUUGCGGCCCCGUACCAGCCUCCGCCGGUCAUGCCCGUUCCGCCGACCUACUCCACUCCACUGGCCAACGUAGAUCCGUUCUACAAGAAGGCCAAGGACCACUUCCGCGACCGAUCGCAGCUGAAGCGCCGAUCGGAGUCGUUCGAGAAGAAGACCAAGGUUUACACCACGACCACUUACUACGCCAACCCGGACGACGAGCAGCUGUUUCCGGCGGCGCUGAAAGCGCUCUUCAAGGACCUCGAGUGUAAUCUCUGCAUGAGUAAGAUGAACUCGCACAUCUCCGCCAACGUGCACUACCAGUCGAAGGUGCACGAGCGCAAGAUCAUCCAGUGGCUCAAGGAGUGGUGCGAAACGACCGGAACGCCGAUGCCGGUGCGGGCCAAGCGCAAGGUGGUCGAUAUCGAGCCCGUGGGCCCGAACUCGUUGCGCUGCGAGGCGUGCGACCUACCGCUGACGUCGAUUCAGCACGCCAACCAGCACUACACCGGCAAGCGGCACCAGAUGGUGGUGCGCGGCAAGAAGAACCCGGCCGGGCGGGGCUACUUCAACAAGGAGACGGGCACGUGGACGAGGACCUAUCUGCACCACACUGACCAAGGCCGACGAGAGGAUGGCCGCAAAGCAUCCUCGCAGUCCUCCGGAGCAAACUCGGCAAAGGUCCACGAGCCGUUUGCAAUAUCCGUGACAUUUUCGGUGGGGUCGAUCACCACGACCAACCGCUUAUCCCGGAAGGGCACAGCCGCCACCGAAAGCAUCCUGGAAACGCUGCACAAGCCACCGCAGCAGAACGAUUGGUCGCUGUACCGGAUGCCGUCGGGCAAGUACUACUGCAAGUCGUGCAACUCGAUCAUGGCGGACGAGAAGCUGUUUUCGCAGCACUGGUACGGCAAGAAGCACAAGCUGAAGGUCAAGCAGGAGAUGGAUGAGCUGUUGGGAAAGGCAGGGGGAGGCGAGGCCAAGGGCAAGUUUUACAACCGACGCCCCUUUGGGAAGAAUCGCUACGUGCAGCCGCAGGCGCAGUAGGCUGGUGUGGCGCGAGGGGAAUUGAUUGAUAUGUAUUCGAUUUGAGAUUGUGACAGUAAAGUUUUGCUUCGUGUUUGACAUUCUUGGCGUAAUAAAUUAUGAAUAGCA